AUGUCCGGGUUCCUGAAACUUCCGAGCGAGCUCACCGACGAGAUUUUCGGCCGAAUUUCUCGAAUCGAUCUUUACAACACCAGCUUAACAUGCCGGGGGCUCUAUGAAAAAAGCAUCUCUAGUAUCAAUCGAUUUCUCAAGAUCACUGUUGUUACUAGUACUAGGAUUGAUGAGGCCCGUGCGAAAAAAAUAUUCUCAAGAGCUUUUACGGAUGUUUCACUCGAGUACCUUCGAGAACUCGAGGUCGGCGGUGACCUCAAGCAAAAAAAUGGUCGUGGAAUCGAGCCAAGGCAUAUUUAUGUCGCACCGAGCCUAGAGAUUGGGGGAAACAUUUCGGGAUGCAAUGUGGAAGCCAUGCUUAAUCAAAAUCUGCGCGAUUUUCUGUCCCGACUACCGCCUCAACAGCUUAAGAAAUUCUCGUAG